GGGCGGGCGCGGUCUCGGUCGCCUCGGAAAAACCGUCUCGCGGCUCCUUAGCCGCGGAGGGGGAUGGUCGUGAGGGAAGGAGCGUAGAUCCGUCGCGUGCACAGCGGAUCUGGAAAUGCGGGGACAUUCGCCGGCUCUCCUCAGUCAUAGUAUCGCGUCCUCUCGGUCCGCCUCGACGACAUCGACGCAGCCGAUGACUGCGUCGACGUUGUCUUCUUCCGUUUCCCUUCUUCCGCAGUGUCAUUCGGUUCGCGAAAGUGGGUGAUUUUCUUUUACUCCUUCCCCCGUCUCCCUUUCUCUCGAUGACGUUCGCAAAUCUCUAUGAAUGCCGCGCUCUUCUCUUCUUUCACAAAGAUUAGAUCUGAUAUAUCGGUACACCUUGUUAUUCGCAAUUAAGAGGAUGUUUAUACGUGAAUUCUAGGUUUCGAUCAUUUCGAUCGAGAAAUUUCUUGGUGCGGUUAUCGCGGUGGAGUCUGUAAUGUAUGUAAACGGGCGAACUUUUGCUUGAGAAAUAAGGGAAACGUUUCGGCUCGGCGAACGCUGCAAAAAACAACGAAGAGGAAACUCGAGGAACGCGCACUGCAACCUCACGAAGCAUCAGCGUGACUAUGAUUUUGCGAACGUGCCUUUGCCUCAAUCUCUUAACGAGACAAAGCCGCGGAGGUCGCUUCGUUUUCAAGGAUAUCAACAUAACAUUGAGCCCGACUCCCACAACGUGACCAUUUUUCAAGUCAAAGUGCCUCGCAGCGAUAACGCGCGGUGAACCAGUUUCAAGGAUACACCGAGAAGCAAUCCCGAGUGUGAAUUCUUCCCGGCGCGGCGACGAGAUGCAACAACGUGAUGGAUAUUAAGCGCACGUGCGAUACAUGGGUUUCGGCGCUGUGUUUGACGGCGGAUGAGAUCGAGGCACAGAGAAGCGGCUGGAACCUAAAUCCCAAUACACAGUAUCACAUUCAGACCGAUGAGGGUCCAGAGAGAUUUUUUCGCUUUCAAACAGCGAACGGUCAGUAUAGGAAAGAGAAGAGAUUAGCCGAUGGCACGGUGAUCGGCACCGAAGGCUGGUUGGACCCUCUCGGAUAUUUACGACUGAAGGAUUACAUCGCGGAUCACGAGGGAUUCCGAAUACUGAGGUCGAAGAUGGUUUAUGUGGGUAAGGAUCGACCUAUUCAGGAUGCGGUGGCGGAAACAAAGAAGGUUCCAGCGCAGACCGGGGUCUUGGCUGUACCUAAAAGGCCGCCUAAUCCCUUCAGACGACCAGACCCCAACGCCGUCAUACCGCUGUCCGGCAACGACAUCACUUCCGGUUAUUACGUUCCGACGACCAUCAGACCCCGACCAAUUUCGAGAAACAAUUAUUACUCGAGUACACGACCAGGCUACCCUUCCGGCCUCCAGAGCCUGGAUACCUAUCACCGACCGCAGGCUGCUUACUACCGCGGAUCCGCGGCACGACCACCGACUCAGAUUCUCGAGGCUCCUUACGAUCCUGUUAUCGGAGGUUCCUCCGUCAGGCCGAGCUAUCAAUCGCCGAUUUCUCGAAACGACCCGGGCGACUUCCCGCCCUACGACGGCACUCACACCACGGCGAAUGGUUUCCAGUAUUACUUGAGGAGGCAGUACCACGAGGAGGAACGGCAGCCCGAGGGCAACAACGUUGGGUCCUUCGGCUACAUCGAUCCGUUCGGCAUCAGACGGGUGAUUUAUUACAAGACGGAUCCGUUCACCGGCGGAUUCCUCCACAGGAAGAACAAUCGUUACGUCGGCUUCAACGCAACGCCAUACGAUCCGCUUCCGCCCGAUCUGUCCAGAACGCGGCUCUCGAGAGCCCCCCCGUCGACGAGCGCCUCGUAACAACAAUUCCGCCGUUGUUCCGUCGCCUUGCCACGUUGUAGGCAUCGCGUUUUAUCGCGAAGAGCUCGUCAUCCGAUACCGCGUCGACGCUUGGUUUCGCUACGCCGGACGGCCUUGGUUCGACUCGAUGAUCUCGAUCGCGUGACCGCUCGUCGGAUCGAACUGCCGUCUGUUAUCGGUGUUCUCUUAAGCAACUCUUUGUUGAUCGCGAAUUUCCGAUCGGGAUGGAAGCGGCGGAUAUCAGAGAGAGAGAGAGAGAGAGAGAGAGAGAGGAAGAACAAUGGUGAAUGCAGACGGUCUUGCGAAUGCAGAGAUCGAUGUUCUAUAUUCCAGGGGAGAUAAACGAUGAACGAUUCUCCGGGAUUCUCGAUCACCAACGUUGCUUAUAUAAUAUAUAUAUAGAUAUAACGUUUCUCGAAGUGCCACGACUACGACAUUUGUCUGACGUACGACUCGGUUGUGUCAGCGAUCGCCGACGGUUCCCAGUAUUAUCCAAGAUAUGAUAUAACGUUACAAGGAACGAGGGAUUCCGAUUGAGUCAGGAGAUCGAAAUGCAAGCGGAUAAGACGGCACCAACCGGGAGAGGAGAGAUAAGGAAUUAUGCGAGAUUAACACAAUGACUUUUUCGUCAUCGAGAACCAAGGCGGCGACUUCCUGAUUCCGCCGUCCUGCCUUUGUUCUUGUUAUUAUCGCUUGCAGAUGAUCGGAUACCGCGGGGGAGACAACGUCAGAUGCCAUGCUGGACUAUAACUAAGUUUUCAGGGAAGCGCGGUGGGACUUCCUUGAAAAAAGAAAAAUCGUAAAACGCGUCGGACAAUGUUUCGCCAACCUUUCCAGUUGCGUCACCACCGAUCUGCGAAACGUGCGAAGACUCGCGCUCGCCUAUUGUCUUCGCGCGUAAGCUCCUUUCGGUGCGGUCCGUUUUCGCCGCAGACACUUUAGAAAGUAUUUAUUCAGCUUCGAGAUGCAAUCGAAAACAUUACAUACCUUUUUCUUUAUUUCCCUCUCAAUAACAAAGUUUCUAUAGGAAUUCCAUUCAAACCGGCUGUCUAGAUUUCUAGAUAACUCGAAGUUUUUGUAUUCUUCGUAGUUUUUCUUAUAUUUUCCGACCAUCUUUUCUGCUUGGCAAAUAUUGACCUGCGACAAAACAAAAUCCCACCUGUGGAAUCAAAAUAGAAACCGGCCGGCGGCGCUUUGGCGUGAGCGGAUCGGACAUUAACCUUGCAGCGUACGAUUUUCUUAUAUCAGCGAUGUACUUUACAACUUUACUGAUUACGAAGGAACUGUGUUAUAUCGCGAGGUGCACCCGAUGAAUUUAUAUCGUCGCCGAAUCGCGCCUUAAAAAUCUCUAAUGCAAGAGGCGCGGCGAUUAUGCAAGCAUGCAUUGUUGUACGACGCAGGGUUAAUUCAGCGUGAGCCGCAGAUCCGGAAACCUUAAUAGCUUUCUAUCGCCGAUUUUGCUGACGCUAAUAGUAGUUGUUUCCUUCCUAGUUUAUAAUGCGCGUCCGCGGAUACUUUUCACGUACUAAUUUUUUCGCGGCAUACCGGAAGGCUAUCCGCUCGUGCCAAACGAUGGGGGGGGGGAAGAGGCGGGGAGGGGCCGCGUAGCAUUAGUUAAUCUUUAAGUUAAACCUCGUUACUUCGCGACAAUGGUGCUGAUUGUUAAGUAAAAGCGGAUACACCGCGCACUUUCCGUUCUUUUAUGGCGAUGAGAACCGUGCCGUUACGCUCUGUGCGCCUAAGUCAAUUGCGAUUUUUGGAUUAAUGUUCCCCCGAGCGAACUGACAUUGCAACUGUCCGCGUUAGAAAUCGAGGGAUACGAUCCGUGUGCGUAAAAUAAUAUUUUAUGCUUAACUUAUGUUGCAAAUAAAUGUGAGAGCGAACGAUCGCUCGCGCGUGGAAUGUCAAACAUGUGAUAUCAGAUAGUUUACACGAAAGCAGCAAGUAAAUUAAACUCAAUUUAACGCAGAAAUUGUUGUCUCGCCAGGAAUAUCACGGCAAAUACAAGAGAACAGCCGGAAGCUUAUAGCUAAUUAUUUUAUCUGGGUACGUAUUACAGAACUACUCGGAAUGCUGGAUUCCGACCGGAAUUAUUUCGUUUUUCCUGGAAAACACAAUAGAAAUCUAGGACAUAAUUGGAUAAUUCCGAUCGGAAUCCAUUCCAGCGUUUCCAUAAUACGUAACUAUAGAAUUCGAUAUGUCAGUGUUUUUAACAUGAAAGUUGUACAAGACAAUAAUACGACUACAAGCAAUUGUAUUUGUGAUACACAGUACUGUCGGUAUUCAAAUAACAAUUUAACAGUGACAUUUAAACCGGCAUAUGUAACUUUUUCGUGUGUAUUCCAGAUUUUAAAAUGAAUAAAAAUGUCAAUAAUACAAGAAAUAAAAAUAUCGUAUAUUAAUGAGUUUUAUAAGGGUUAUCAAAUUGAAUUGAUUUAUCCGGAAAAGCGCCGACAGGCUUUUCGCUGCUACUGACUAAAGAGAAAUUCUUAAUCAAAAUAUCAAAUAUCUGACUUGGCUCCGAUAAUGUAUAUUUUUCAGUUUGAUGAUAUAAAGCAAUAUUUUUUAAAAUUUAUUUUUAAAAAUCUAUUUUCGAAAAUGUAUAUUUUUAUCUUACAAAUCUACAAAUCUCUCAUAAUUAUUUUUGCACAAUUGUCAACAAUUUUGAACGUUCGUUAUUUGUAUGGUAUAUCCUGAACUUGCAAGGGGCAAUAUUAUCGAUGAUCCCAUAUCGCGUAAUUGUAACGGCAGUGCGACGUGCAUCCAGGAGCACCAGCAUCCGCUUUUCCGAUUAUAAUACCUCAUUCAAAGUUUCACCGGCCUUGACGCGCUACCUCGUGAAAAGUUUCACCGGCCUCGGAGAGUGCGCUCUCUUUCUUUCCUCUCCGAGGAAACGAAGACUGAUGCCCUUAUAGAUUUGUAUGUAGUACACGAGACUAACAAUAAAGACGCUUUGCUCCGUUAAA